AUGGGGAAACACAAUACUCCCGACGCGCUGGGAUUAUUACCUAAUGUAGCGAACGGCGAGCACACGUCGCUCUUACGAACACCCCGUUCCAGAUCAUUGCUACAGAAGAGGAAGAAGAAUUGUCAUUGCGCGAUCACGAGAGCCUCGAUCGAUCAAUCCACGAAGAUCGUGAAAGACGACGGGAGGAGGAGGAGGCCUAGCCCGGGCGGUGUCGGUGACAACGGUGUCCAGGGUGUUCGCGGCAAGGGUCUGCCGCACGUGAUUUACUGCCGACUUUGGCGCUGGCCGGAUCUUCAGUCGCAUCACGAGCUGAGGGCGAUCGAGCACUGCGAGUACGCUUUCACGCAGAAGCGCGACGAGGUCUGCGUGAACCCUUAUCAUUAUCAACGAAUCCAACCGCCAGUUCUGCCGGCCAUUCUCGUGCCGCGGCACAACCUAGCCGGGGACGAGGCCGUCCUCUACAACACCUCUCUCGAGGAGCUUAGCGUCAGCGUGCCGGAGAACACGAGCUUCCACGCGACGCUCAAUCACCAGCACCACAAUCAGCAAGGCAUACAGCAGUCCCCGCAACAGCAGCAGCAGCAACAGCAACAACAGCAGCAACCAAAUAAUCCGUACCAAGGAAUGCAGAGCAUGCAGGCGACGAGUCCAGCGAGUGUCGGGAGUCUGGGAAGCGUGCAGGGCUCGCCUCAUCCCGCGCCGGGAUCCAUGGAUCCUCCAGCGGAUACGCCGCCGCCAGGAUACAUCAGCGAGGACGGCGACAACAUGGACCAUAACGACAACAUGUCUCUGUCGCGCCUGUCGCCCAGUCCUGUGGACGCGCAGCCGGUUAUGUAUUGCGAGCCCGCGUUUUGGUGUUCGAUUAGUUACUACGAGCUGAACACGAGGGUGGGCGAGACGUUUCACGCGUCGCAGCCGAGCAUCACCGUGGACGGCUUCACCGAUCCCAGCAACUCCGAGCGCUUCUGCCUCGGCUUGCUGUCCAACGUGAACCGCAACACGGUGGUCGAGCAGACCAGGCGACACAUCGGUAAAGGCGUUAGACUAUACUACAUCGGCGGCGAGGUGUUCGCGGAGUGUCUGUCCGACUCGAGCAUCUUCGUACAGAGUCCCAAUUGCAAUCAACGUUACGGUUGGCACCCGGCCACGGUGUGCAAGAUACCGCCAGGAUGCAAUCUGAAGAUCUUCAACAACCAGGAGUUCGCGGCGUUGCUCUCGCAGUCGGUGUCGCAGGGUUUCGAGGCGGUGUACCAACUGACGCGUAUGUGCACGAUUCGUAUGAGCUUCGUGAAGGGCUGGGGCGCGGAAUACCGCCGGCAGACCGUCACCUCGACCCCCUGUUGGAUCGAGCUGCAUUUAAACGGGCCGCUGCAGUGGCUUGACAGGGUACUCACGCAGAUGGGCUCGCCCCGCCUACCCUGUUCCUCGAUGUCCUAAGCCUUUGCGUCAUCCUCCACCCGUUUGUGAGAGAACACGUGAAUGCCCUUCGUGCGCUGUCCUCGUCGUCGUCGUCGUCGUUGUUGUCGUUGUCGUCGUCGAUCGGUUCGUCCCUUCGUCACGGUACGUGAAAGCUUGAUCAGAUUUCCUCGAACGAACUAUAAUGACACGCGAACAAGAGACGCAUGAUCUCACGCUCUUCGAGGCCUGAUCGAGAGAAAAAGAGAGAGUGAUAGAGCCAGACCGGUAAAUUGGCGUCGCUCAAGCACAACGACACCGAAUUCUCUGCGCCGAAAUCGCGCGGUGGCUUCACUCCGGACGUCGUGCAGUCGCGUGCCCGACCGGGAACCGGGAACUGCGAUCGUGAGAGGGCGUGUGAAUGUGACUGGGAAGGGGAAAUGCAAAAUCGAAACGACGACCCACUCACUCGCUUGCUCGCUCUUACGACGAUAAAUAUCAUAGUAAAUAUACAUAUACAGAAGGAAAGAGAGAGAGAAAGAGAGAGAGAGUCUGUCCUAUACUGUGGAUCGAUGUGAUCGGGAGAUAUAAAGAUGCAAGGGUCGCAGAAAGACCUUGCUGGACGCGGCUUGUAAUCGCGCAUAUACACUGCAAUUGGCGUACAAGAUAUAUCCAGGGUGAUUAAUUCGAGUUUAGUCGAUUUAUAAGAAACAGAGCAAGUGAGAUAUAUAUAUAUAUAUAUAUAUAUAUAUAUAUAUAUAUAUAUAUAUAUAUCGCACGCUACAGAGAGCUCACACUUUUACAUAUUUUUAUCGUUUGUUAAGGCAGACACACAACUACAGUCGUGUACCAGUAUACGCUACCACAGACUUUACGAGAUAAUAUACAUUAAUACAUAAUCUGUUAUGUAUGUUCGCUUGGACUAGAAUCUGCUGUGGUGGGGCUCACCACUUGAAUAUUCUAUAUCCGCGUAUACAUGCAGACACCACAUAACGCGUACAUACGUUACACACGUAUGUGAACACACAUGUAUAUGUCGUUCUACGAAAUUCGUUGAAGGGGAUUACAAUAGCGUUCACACCGGUGAGAAGAGUGUAUACACUCCGUCGUGUCGCAUAAGAUCUUCCAAUUCUCUAGACGGUUGUAGCGCGGUUUUACUUUUAUUUUAUUCUUUUUUCUUUUACCGUAUUUUGAGGAUGUUUUUUUUUUAGUUAGUCGACAAUUGCAUUAAUAUACAAAAGUUAUUUUGGCUGUGUACAUCUAACGACGCUUGUGACAGUUUUAGUGCGUUUUAGUACGCUAUUUACUCGGUUAUAUACAUAUAUAUUUUUUUUAAUAACAGAUAUAGAGAUGUUAUUAGAAAUAUAAAGUUUAUAUAUAUAUAUAUAUAUAUAUAUAGUAUAUGUGCAUGCAAAUUUCUCUUACGAUAUAUUUAAUUUCUAUUACGUUGGUUUCUUUUUUCUUACUCCCUUUUACAAUUUUUGCUCUCUUUUACUUCAGAAUCGAGUUAACUUCUAUCUUGCUUCUCGACGGUAGCAGGUACGCGAGGUACUUAAAUUAUUCUUCCGACUCUUCUUGCCCUUUUUUCACUGCUUCGACAAAAUUACCAAGGAUUAUCUGAAACGUAGUUCGUUCUUGGAUCGGCACGUGGAGUGAGUGUCUAUCGACGGGAGCAUUCCAGCCCCGAAGAGACGGAAUCUCGACGCUGACUCGUGUUUUAUUUAAUUAGCCGGGGGCUUUAAUAUCCCGGCGCUUCAGUGCGGCACGGCGAGCUGUAUUUCCUGGCAAACGACAGGAAGGACUUACAUCCCGGGAAUCGCUCGGAAACUGUGAACGACGAUGACAACGACGACAACGAGGCAGAGGGACACGCCGUUCUGUCGCGGCUGCUCGACCACGAUGUGCCAAAGUCAGCUGAGACCGCGGACGUUGGCUCUACACGAUCAGUCAGAGAAAGCUGAAGCAGAGUGUGUCGGAGGACAGCAGCGGACUCGACAAUCUGGCCGAGUGUUAACGAUGUUCGAUGCGAGCAGGUCUGCGUCUGUCGCGUCUAACUCUUGAUGGUGCCCCGCGACGGAAUCAUCGGCAGGAAGACGUUCCCGGCCAGCUGUGUUGUCGCCGUAAACGGGAAGAAACGAGAUCGGUCAGUUUAGAAUUAUUAUUGGUUGGACGAGAGGUGUCACGGCGACGACUUGUGACUGCAAAGAUCCUAGAGUCUGGAAAGCGAAAAGUUGCGCCAACCUGGUGAUCGCUCUCGUUGUGUCAUUAUUAUAUAUAUAUAUUUUUUUUUGUCACGUAAGCACACAAAAAUGUCAAUCAGCGUCGCCCUAUACGCUGGAACGUUGCCGCUUAACGCUAUUCACGAAACGCUAUUCAUAAUUUUCAAGAGAAACAGAGAAUAUGUACACGGAAAAAAGGGCUGUUGUGUCAACGGAAGUUGCCAACGUCACCGUAAUUGGGGUAAACCUUCUUGAUUCAACCAGCAAUAUGAUUGACACAAAUACAUCACGUCCUUCGAUGUCUCGAGUAUUAAUUUCAAUGGUAUUGUUGGUGAUUCGAGAAGAUUUAUUCCAAUUACGAUGAUGUCGGUAAUUCCUAUUGAUACAACAGCAUUCUUUUCCGUGUAUAUAUAUAUAUAUACAUAUGUGUGUAUAUAUUAUAAUAUAUUAAUUACCUAAAAGGCACUGCAUCGCGGUGCGGGAAUAUCUUAUGCGAGACUCUUAUCGGUGGAUUCUGGCGCAUUGUAAUCUUCGAUGUGAGAAAUAUGAAACGUCACGAAUAAAAAUUGUCGUGGGAUGAAGAUACCGUUCGGAAACGAUCAUCUCCUUCGGAGAGAGAGAGAUCCAAUAAUGCAGAGAUAACAAUAAAAGUUGUUUUUCGAGCCUCACGUUUCUUUCCGCGUUUCCCCUCGCAUUUCGUUUACCGAUUCGAGCUCGAGAGACGCGCGGAAUGCCACGAGGAGAGAUCACGGCAAUCCUUUUCUUUUUUCUUUCCACGAAAUGCGCGACGAAGCCUUCUUCUGCGUGGCGGCGCACGUAAGGGAAGAGUUCGCUCUUUCGAUUCUCCCGAUUUCGCGUGACUUUGUUGUCGUGGGUCAUCGACGUCUCGCUAAUGACGAUCGAGGAGACGAGCGCGCUGACGAUCCGUAACGUUGCACGGACGACGACGAUGCGAGAGACUUGAAUGCCGGUCGAGUGAGAUUCAACGAGUGGAAGAUGAGAAUUGCGAGGUGUUAGAAAGCGGAGAAGAUAAGAAAUCAUUGUUACGUUAUCUACGUCCCCUUUCCCUAGGCCGGGCGACAGAGAAAACUGUAAAAAAGAGGAUGUAUUUCGGGUGUGAAUCACGAGAUACAACGCCGUGAUGAAGUAUGCCGAAUAUCAAACGCGAGACGCAUCGUUGAGAAAAUGUGGUACAAAAUACAUACGUACUUUUUAAAGGAUCGGACUCUGAUAUACAAGAUACGAACAAAGAAAAACAAAAAGAGAAAGAGAGAGAAGGAAAAGAAGACGAGAGUAUUUUGUAUCGUAGAUAUUUAUGUCGCGAGUAUGCACGUGUAAUACUGGAAAAAAAAGAAAACUAAACGUACUGUCCAGUCCUGCCUGUCGCGCUCCAGCGAGAAUUUAUAUGUACGCGAGGGAAGGAAAGGGAUUCUGACAGUAGAGUGAGAUGGAAGGAGGGCAGAAAGGAACUCGAAAGCAUACAGUGGUUAAAGGGACGAGGUGGAGGAGGAGGAGGAGGAUAAAGAGAGGAAUGAGGAAAUAAUUAUCCAGAUUGUACCGCCACUCUUAUAGCUUAAUUCCUUAGGUAAGCGUGCUGGGCUUUCGCGGGGAACAUUUUAACCGACACGAUGAAGUCUGCAUUUCAUUAGGUCGGCAACGGUAAAAGCGGAGAGGAGAAGAUAGAGGAGGGGGUGGAGGAGAAAAAGGAGGAGAGAGAGAGAGAGAGAGAGAGGCGGUAUUACCUAUUCGGCACGAUUGUAUAUGAAGCGCGGGGAGUUGAAAGUUUAUUUUCUUACAUUGUUGUGCGCGCGCGAUCGAUUUGUCUUUUUAUACGAGAGGAUGAUCGAGACAUCAGUGCGUUCUGCGAAAGCCCAACAUAUCUCAAUCGUUGGGCAGCUCGAGUCGGUGGCAGCAGUAACAGCAGCUGAUACCUAAUCGCGGCGAACGUCGUCUCCCUUCUCACGCGAAGAUAAGAAAGAAAAAGACACAAUGCACGUGAACAUACGUACACACAUGUUGCACGCGUACGCUGCGAGAAAAAUAUUCAAUAAAUAAAAAAAUAUUCGAUAAGCACGUAUUUUUACUUGAAUAUUUACUUGAAUCAAAACUGUUCUGUUCAAAUAAACGAUUACUUUCAUCAAAAGCAAAAAGGUAUUUUAGGAAAAUAUAUAUUUUCUCAUUUGGAAGAGAUUCUUUUUCCAACGUGAAAAGAUGUUAGGUAGAAGUACUAUUUUAAAGACGUAUUUAAAGACAAAAAUAAUAAGGAUGUCCAGAGUUGAGUAUCGGUGUUGUUAGCGUCCAGGCACCGGUACUUUUAUUAGUGCAAGUAAAUAUGUUAUCAAUCGCGAAUAUAAAUAUUUCUUAUUUCUUGGAUAUUUUCUUCUCACAGUGCACCCCGCAUCCUCUCGGGGGAGUCCAUCGACCCAGUUUGCGACCUCGUAACCUCGCGAAUAUCGUGGAAACGAUGUCACGCGUGUGACUGUCAACUUUGCUUACGAACAGUUUUUACCUCCCUGCAGACUGCCAUUAGAAUAUUAUUAAGGAACCAAUACAGACACAGAGGAGAGCACGCUCCGUGUCUUUUCCCGCGAAACGCUCUUCUGCCCACCAUAUUCCCUUCGAAGGAUUCCCGUCCUGAAGCGACACGUAUCCACGUCGCUUGGUAUCAUUGUAUCACACUGAGAGAAAAUACUUGAAAAUUUGAUCUUCAUGGAAAACAGAGUCUGUGAGUAAACUUUAUAUCCCGCAAAUAAAUUCAACUCUGAAUAUUCUAAUAUUUUUUUGUUUUUCUAAAUAUGAAUAUUUGAACUUUCAACGUGUAUACACACAGAUGCAUAUAUAUAUAUAUAUAUAUAUAUAUAUAUAUAUAUAUAUAUAUAUAUUUGAUAUACGUGUAUACAUUCUCUUUACACAGGGAAUUUAUUUGGAUUAACUAAAAAACUUCACAUCCAAGAAGUAAGCCACAUAGCUGUAAAUAUCCUCGGAGAUGGCUGAAGGCUCGGUGAAAUAUCCACUGGAAUUAAAAUUCUCUGGAAUUAGAAAAAAAAUAUCAUCCAAGAAAUAAAUUUUCGAAUAUCUUUUUCUCAGUGCACACAGUUUCGCGACACAUAAUAUUACAUCGACGUGCAAGAUCGCUCAGAGUUGUUCGGUAACUUUUCGCACGGAGAUUCUCUCAUGCUUCGCGGCCGAGAGGUGACGGGUCCGACGACAAAGUUUCUUGUGUCGUGACAUAUCAAUUAUUCGCGUGAUAUUGUAGGUCGGCGAAAUCGCUUGCACGGUGCCGGGCGCGUCGAGGGUGCCGUUCAAGGGGGACAACUGUGAUAGCUGUGGAAGGAAACAACCUUACGCUCUCGUUCGCGCUUGUUAACCGUUUCAACGAUCUUGCGGUUCCCGCGGUGCGACGAAUAAAGGGGUUACGGUGUUACAACACAAUAGGCGCGAUAUCGUGAGAAAUUUCGGAGAUAUGAAGCAAACCUUUCGUUCCGUCUGCCAAAGUGUCGAGGGUCGUUUGCCAAAGUUUCGUUUAAGUGACUACUCUUUCCCCCUCGGGCGAUUGCAGGCACUCGUGAUACAGCAUCGGGCGCGGUCGAGUUCUCUCUGCCUUCUUUUUCUUCUUUGGUUUGUUUUUACAGGCCGCUCCCGUUCGCGAUUGAUCGGCGAGUCGAAGAGAAUCGAUCGGCGAGUACGAUCGAGUUGCACUCUCAAUCGAGUUUCUAGUCUCCGAAAUCUCGGGAUUCUGAUCCUUCUGCGCGAUGUACAAGCGUUGUGAUUAAGUGUCCAUUGUGGAAUAGAGGAGAGAGAGAGAGAGAGAGAGAGAGAGAGAGAGAGAGAGAGAGAAUGUUCUCUCCUUUAUAUUUAAGUAUGUUGUAGGGAUUUCCAAUGAAUUUUCUAUGACUUUACUCGCAAAGAAGAAUCAGAAUCCCACGCGAAUCGCACGAUUCUCUUUGAUUCGCAUUUUUCUCUCGCAGGGAUUGAUCGACUGCUCGAGAGUGUGUGCGUGUGUGUGUGUGUGGUGUGUAUGCGUGUGUGUGUCAGGCGGCUGUGUAAUAUAUCAUUGUACUUGAUGCACGUACGACUCCGAAGUUUCGAAUCGAGCGGCCCGACGAUCACGGUUUUUAAUUCUAUAAACUACUUAUAUAAAUAAAUAAAAAAUAUAUAUAAAUAUACAUAUAUAUAUAUAUAUUUCUCUUGCGUAUGGGCGGUCGCGUUCGUGCCGUGGAAAUGAACAGAGACGAUUUAUAUAGUGGACAUGUACGAAAAGAAUCGUCCUAUAUCAUUUAUAUUCGGCAGAAACUGGCUUAAAAAAAAAAAUUCGCAUUUUCACGCGCACGGACGUGAUAUUUUAUGAGAAUAUGAGAGACGAGAGUGAAAGAGAAUGAAAGUGAGAGAGAGAGAGAAUGAGUGAAAGAAAAUAAACGAGAGACAUUAGGAAACGGAAUAUCGAGUCUGAGACUGUAUAAUAAUUAUAAAUAAAUGUAUACGUUAAGACUAAAAGAAAAAGAUAGAGAGAGAGAGAGAGAGAGAAAGAGAGAGAGAAAGAGAGAGAAUGUCCCGUUGUUUCCUUUUUAAUGAUAUGGUGUUACAACGAUUACUUUCCUCUAAUAGUAUCUUGCGUUUCUUCGCAACUCCUUUCCUUGCAAGAUCUAAUUGUAAGCAUAAGUCUAGCAUUUAUUAACGUGAAUAAGGUAUUUGUAGAAUCUUUCUUAUCUUAAUAAAGAUAAGUCCCGGCUGA